CAGAGAAUCUUGUGAACUGAGUUCCUAUAUCUAGCGUCUAACUCAAAACUAGCUAAAUCUCAUCUAAUUUUGUUUUCCAUGAGCUCUCUCUUCUAUAGCUCUAACCAUUUCAGGCUGAACUCAAAAAUUGUUAGUUCUUUUAAAUUUUUCCCAGGCCUUUUCAUCCCAUUCUUCUAAAGCUCGUAUCAUCCAGCGGUAGUCAUGUGCCCUUUUUUCUCUAUCGGAGCGCUUUUUGUCCUCGCCCCACUUCUUCAUCAUGCUUAAGUAAAAUUCCCUAGACUUCUCGUCUAGUAUUGCAAGUGCUAUUGCAGCAGCCGACAUAUCUCUAUAGGAGCGAAUCAGAUGAUUAACUGACUCGAGGACCCAUUUUUUCCUAUCCAUACUCAUAGGGUUGGGAGGAGGGGCCCUUAGACAUUCCUUAAAAUAUUCAAUGAAGAUGUUCUGACUUUCAACACAAUCGGGAUGACGAAGGAUUAUUUUGAUCCUUUUAGAACCCGUAUCAGACUCUUGAUCUUGAUGUUUCCUUUUCGCGCUGCUAACACCCUGAUCAUUGUGCCCUUUCUUGGUAUCGGCCUUUUUCUCGGUGUCGACCUCUUCCUUGGCAUCGACUUCUUCCUUGGCAUCGACUUCUUCCUUGGCAUCGACUUCUUCCUUGGCAUCGACUUCUUCCUUGGCAUCGACUUCUUCCUUGGCAUCGACUUCUUCCUUGGUAUCGACUUCUUCCUUGGUAUCGGCCUUUUUCUCGGUGUCGACCUCUUCCUUGGCAUCGACUUCUUCAUUGGUAUCGGCCUUUUCCUUGGUGUCGACCUUUUUCUUGGUACCGAGCACUUUGUUGAUACUGAAUCCUUCCUUGGUAUCACCCUUUUCGGAUGUUCUCUUUUUCUUGCUUUUUCCAUCGUCCGUUCCGUCUCUGUCACUGAGAACACCCGUAUCUGAGUGCGCUCCAGUUAGCAAGGUUUGGGGAGGCGUUUGUUUGAUAGUUUGUGGCGCCAUCGAAUUUGAUGAUUAUGAUCCAUGAUGACCUGGGUCACCGUAUGGCUUUAUAAUCUUCAUCUUCAAAAGUUAAUUGCCGCGGUACCUAUUGGCCUUGAGAAAAUAAAUAGCGCCAAAGCCAACGCUUAACGCCAGGUUUCUUUAGAUUGUGAAUUUCUGUUGUCUAUUUUCCGCCUGGUCCAAUAUCAAGUUAGCACCAUGUGAUUGAGGGCGGCAAAGAAAGCCUUAUCAAGUUUAGCGUAG